GAAGAAGGCAACCGGAGAGUAACAUACACCGGCCGGUACACCCAACAGCAUACACUCGCGAUGACCUGGCAAACAAUUGAAUCAGAUCCCGGAGUCUUCACCCAACUCAUCUCCGACCUCGGCGCAAAAGACAUCCAAGUCGAGGAACUCUACGCAAUCGACAAAGACCUCAUAAGCCAAUACGACCCAAUAUACGGCGUCAUCUUCCUCUUCAAAUGGGGUAAAGAACACGGCGAGCAAUCAGCCCAAGGCGGCACACUCGACGAAAACGCCAGCACCUCCCUCUGGUUCGCACACCAAACCAUCCAAAACGCGUGUGGCACACAAGCCAUCCUAUCCAUCCUCCUGAAUAAUCCCGGAAUCGAGUUGGGUGAGAAGUUAGAUGGGUUCAAGGAUUUCACGCGGGAGUUCCCGCCGGAGAUUAGGGGGGAUGCGUUGACGAAUUCGGAGGUUUUUGCUAGAGUGCAUAAUUCUUUUGCGAGGGUUGAGCCGUGGGAGGAGGAGGAGAGGAAGCCGAAGGAGGGGGAGGAGGGGGAGGCGCCGUAUCAUUUUAUUGCGUAUGUUCCGGUUGAUGGGACGUUGUUUGAGCUUGAUGGGUUGAAGCCUGCGCCGGUUAAUCAUGGACCGGUCGCCGGGUCGUCGUCUGCGGAGUUCGCUGAUGCACUUAUUCCUGUGCUGGAACGACGAAUCAGUACAUUCGCGAGCACCAGUAUCGAGUUUUCGUUGUUGGCUUUGACGAAGGACUUGAGACUGAGCCCUUUCGCGACGGAGGAAACUAGGAUGGAGGAGGAAGAGAAGAGGAAGAGAUGGGCACGGGAGCAGGAGUUGAGACAGCACAGUUUCUUGCCGUUGGUUAUGGGGUUGGUGAAGGAGGUUGUUAAGCGACGGGUGGCGGAGGGGAAGAGUUUUGUGCAGGAGGAUGUGAUGGAGCAGUGAGUGUGACUAAAGGUUGGAGAUGUCGCCAGGAGGC